GAGAAAGCCCAAUAAAGUAGGAUCAUCACAGGAAUGAUAAGAAGCAGCUACGAUGCUCGUCGUCGGCGAAGCAAACGGAUAUUUCUCCGGCGACUCGCUCAACGGAUCUCUUCGGUAUUUUCAUCUGCUGGCGAUCUAAACCUAUCUCCGACCUCCACUGUAUCCAUAUGGCUCUAAUCGAUGUCGCCAUAUCCUGUCUCAAUUCGAUCCGCGAAAUAGAACAGGAUGUGAAGGAUGCAAUUGUGUAUAUUGAUGCUGGGUGCACUGAAAGUUUCCAGCUUGCAGGAGCUUUCCCUUUGUUCUUGGAGCUAGGUGCCCGUUCCGUCUGUAGCCUUGAGAACAUGACUUCCCUCGACGCGGUGGCUGAUUGGAAUUCAAAGGUUGAUUGUGCAAACAGAAUUGUGAUUAUGACUUCUCGCCUUCUCAAUGAUGCUCAUCGAUAUAUGCUACGGUGCCUAAGCACGCAUGAAGGCGUUCAGCGCUGCUCAGUAUUCACCUCUAUUUCUGAGGGAUCUCACUCAGCCUGCCCUGAUUCACCACUUGGUCCAGACGCGUAUAGGGAGUACGAAACUUUACUUGUUCAGGACUACAAUGAACAUACCAAGAAGAGCGAAAAAAUAUCGAGAGACAAAGGGGUUCCUAAGUUCUCUUCCGCACUUGAAUCCCUCACGAUGGAGCCUAUCACAAGUGACAAUGUUGGUGAUUCAUCAGGUGAUGCAGAAGGUUUGGUAGUCUCGGUGCACCACUUCCCCUUGAUUAUUUGUCCUUUUACUCCUAGAGCGUUUGUCUUACCUUCCCAAGGAUCAGUUGCCGAAGCCUCCUUGUCCCGUCAACAUGAAGAUUCUCUUAGUUUUGGACUGCCUCCUAUAAGCACUGGAUCUAUGUCUGAUACUGAUGAUGUUCCUCCUGGUGCAACUCUUACCGCACAUUUUCUCUACCAGCUAGCUCUUAAGAUGGAGUUGAAGUUGGAGAUAUUUUCACUUGGUGAUGUAUCAAAGAACGUUGGGAAGAUUAUGACAGACAUGUCAAGUCUUUAUGAUGUAGGGCGUCGAAAGAGAACUGCCGGCUUGUUACUUGUUGACCGUACACUUGAUCUUAUCACUCCCUGCUGCCACGGGGACUCACUUUUCGAUCGAAUCUUUUCAUCAUUGCCUCGUGGAGAGAGAUUUUCUACACAAGCACAGCUUAAGCAAGGGGUUCCAAGCAUCGACCGUCCUUCUCUUCAUGUUCAGGUGCCUCUUGGGGAGCUGUUAAAUGAAGAACCAAGCAAGAUUAAAGAGUCUGGUCUUCCUGAAGGAGUUGAAGCUUUCUUACGUGGCUGGGAUUCAUACACUGCUGAUCCACAAAAUGAAUCUGACAAGAAAUCUAUUGAGCUACUAAACGGAUCGCUUGUAGCCACUGAAUGUUUUAGAGGGACGCCUUACUUAGAGGCCAUGAUUGAAAGAAGAACGAAGGAUGGAAGUGUACUGGUGAAGAAAUGGCUUCAAGAAGCUCUGCGCCGCGAAAACAUCUCUGUUAACGUGAGGGCUCGUCCUGGUUACGCCACGAAACCUGAGCUCCAGGCCAUGGUCAAGGCGUUGUCGCAAAGCCAGUCGUCUUUGUUGAGAAACAAAGGGAUUAUUCAGUUAGCGGCAGCUACAGCCGCUGCGCUUGAUGAAUCCCAAAGCGCCAAAUGGGAUGCUUUCAGCAGUGCGGAGAUGAUGUUAAAUGUAAGCGCUGGUGAUACGAGCCAAGGUCUGGCUGCUCAAAUCAGUGACCUGAUAAACAAAAGUGCUUUGGCAGAACUUCAAGCGAAGAAGAACGAGAAACCAGAUUCAUCAUCAUCACGAGGGCUUCUCUCUUUCCGAGACGCAUUGCUUCUUACAGUAGUUGGUUACAUUCUUGCCGGAGAGAAUUUUCCUACAGCUGGCUCAGGGGGACCGUUCUCUUGGCAAGAAGAGCAUUUUCUCAAAGAAGCCAUUGUCGAUACUGUUCUCGAGAAUCCUUCAGCAGGGAAUCUCAAGUUUCUAAAUGGGUUGACAGAAGAGCUUGAGAGCAGGUUGAACCGCCUAAAGUCAGAGGACGCCAAAGAGACUCCCUCUGAUGAUCAGUUAGACAUUGAUGCGCUUGAUGAUGAUCCAUGGGGAAAAUGGGGAGAUGAGGAAGAUGAAGAAGACAAUAACAAUAGUAAAGCGGACGAGUCUUAUGACGAUAUGCAGCUAAAACUUGAUUUGCGUGAUAGAGUAGACAGCUUCUUUAAGUUUCUCCACAAGCUGUCGAGUCUAAGAACAAGGAAUGUACCAUUAAGAGAAGGCUCAUUGGCUUCGGAGAGCAGCUUCCCGGGAGAUCCAUCUGGAAACAAAGGGCUACUCUAUAGGCUUAUAACAAAGGUGUUGAGCAAAGAGGAGAUACCAGGUUUAGAAUAUCAUUCCUCAACUGUAGGAAGGCUUUUCAAAAGCGGGUUUGGAAGGUUUGGUCUUGGUCAGGCAAAACCAAGCCUUGCAGACCAGAGUGUAAUUCUUGUCUUUGUCAUUGGAGGAAUCAAUGGUCGAGAGGUUAUGGAAGCUCAAGAGGCUGUGGGGGAGAGCGGAAGACCAGACAUUGGCUUGGUUAUUGGGGGAACAACUCUCCUUACUCCCGAAGACAUGUUCGAGCUAUUGUUAGGACAGUUCAGCCACUUUUGAUUUUUUUUUCAAAAACAAACUCACUCUCUUUCAUUGUCUCUCUUGUUAUUAUGUAUUAGAAAACACAGUGAAUCUAAGUGAGUGUUUAACCUACAAAACUACCAUUCCUCUCUCUUUGUAGUACUUCCUUUUUUAACUCAUCCCCCAUGACAAUACACAUUGAUUGUAUUUA